CUUCUGCCUCUUCUGCUGCUGCUGCUGCAAAGGCGCCGGAGCCGCGGGGAGCGCACCAUGCCUGGGCUGCUGCUGCUGCCCUUCCUCCUGGCUCCCCUCCUCCUCGGGGGCUGCAGCAGGCCCUUCUGGGGGGCCCAGGCCGGCUCCUGGUGGUCCUUGGCUAUGAACCCAAUCCACAGACCUGAGAUGUAUAUCAUCGGAGCCCAGCCUGUAUGCAGCCAACUGCCAGGGCUUUCCCCAGGCCAGAGGAAGUUGUGCCAACUUUACCAGGAACACAUGAUGUACAUUGGCGAGGGGGCCAAGAAUGCCAUCAAAGAGUGCCAGUACCAGUUUCGGCAGAGGCGGUGGAACUGCAGCACGGUUGACAACACUUCGGUGUUUGGCAGAGUCAUGAGCAUUGGUAGCCGAGAGACUGCAUUCACUUACGCUGUCAGUGCUGCAGGAGUGGUGAAUGCCGUCAGCCGUGCCUGUCGUGAAGGAGAGCUCUCUACCUGUGGCUGCAGCCGGACAGCCCGGCCAAAGGACCUGCCUCGAGACUGGCUGUGGGGUGGAUGUGGAGACAAUGUCGAAUAUGGCUACCGGUUUGCCAAGGAGUUUGUGGAUGCCAGGGAGAGGGAACGAAACUAUGCCAAGGGAUCAGAGGAGCAGGCCCGUACUCUCAUGAACCUACAGAACAAUGAGGCGGGUCGCAGGGCAGUGUACAAGUUGGCGGACGUUGCCUGUAAGUGUCACGGCGUCUCAGGUUCCUGCAGCCUCAAGACCUGUUGGCUGCAGCUGGCUGACUUCCGCAAAGUGGGCGACCUCCUGAAAGAAAAGUAUGACAGUGCUGCUGCUAUGAGAAUCAACCGGAAGGGCAAACUGGAGUUGGUGAACAACCGCUUCAAUCCACCGACUCCAGAGGACCUAGUCUAUGUUGACCCCAGCCCCGACUACUGCCUCCGCAAUGAGACCACAGGGUCCCUGGGCACCAAAGGACGUCUCUGCAAUAAGACCUCGGAGGGCAUGGAUGGCUGUGAGCUGAUGUGCUGCGGCCGGGGCUAUGACCAAUUCAAGAGCGUGCAGGUGGAACGUUGCCACUGCAAAUUUCACUGGUGCUGUUAUGUCAAGUGUAAAAAGUGCACAGAAAUUGUUGACCAGUAUGUCUGUAAAUGAAAGGUCCACAAGAGCUACAAAUUUAUAUUAUAUAAAUCUAUAUAAAUCUAUUUUAUAUAUUUGUAUAAAUAAAUAGAUGGUGAUGUUGAUGUUAAUGAUAAUUAAAUAAUCUUAUUUAAGAGACAUUGGGGGAAAGGUUCUUAAAACGUUUUCAUUAGAACAACUGACUAGUGGGGGGGGGCUCAUUUUUUAAAAUUUUUAUUUAAGGAGUCAAAAAACUCACAACAACAAUAAAACAAAGAGGGGGAUUUGUAUAUUGGUUUCCUUCUACCUUUGACAUGAUGUAGCCCGGAUAAAAGGGAAACCUGAGGUUCAGUAGAGAAAAAAGAUCUAACAACAACACAUUUCUUGCAAAAAACAGGAAGAUGAGAUAUAUUGUCUCUGCUGCCUUAUGGGUAAAAUUCAUAUCGGGUGUUAAGUGCUUUUUGGGCACUGCCAAAAGGAGUGCCGUAGAUGCUCAGGUUGAUUUCCAAAAGGACUUGGAGCCAUUUUCUGCUUCUUAUCAAAACACACUGUGGGAUUCUAAGCUACAAGGCUAAUGACCUGUGUUUAAUGUUGAAGAAUGGCUUCGAAGACAGAAUCUAUGCAUGGUGCAAUUAACAUGAGGAUUGAAGAGAGACUGUUGCACAGUGACAGAUGGUCUCCUGCCCCAAAUGGGUGAAGGAAAAUAUUACCUUUGACCUAGAAGUGCUGCUUUACCCUUAUGUCUUGUCGCAACCUCCAGCAUCUGGUUCUUCUGUGUUUUGUGGAAUGUAGGGAAGAGGGAACACUCUGAACAUUACCAAGCACUCUGAAAAGACACAGCUGUCAAAGUGUAAUUAUUUUGUUCAGUUGAUCAGUCUAUUUCGUCCUGGUGGAAAACAAACUGGCUACCUGACUCUUGGACCAUGCAUUUUGCAAAAGACACCAUGUUCUAAGUAACUGUCUCUGGGCCCGUGAGGAACAGGCCCAAAUGGGACUGAAAAACACAGCAUCUUAAUUUCUGUGUGGACUUUGAUGGUCAUUUUGACAAGCUCUUUUUCAUUCUCUUUGCCACUCUUCUAGGUGUACAGUUUCUUUUUAACAUUAAAUAUCCCUUGU